CUCCAACGACAUGCACUUGAACGGGUCUCAUUUGGCUCAUCAACGUGGAGAUGUCACUGCACACAUACACGUCUGUCAGUCACUCAGCUGGCUAUCGACACCCUUCCCACACGCAGUCAGUCAGUCAGUCAGUCAGUCAGCAGAGAGGCAGUGGGUCCCUCUAUGCUGCCUACGGCUACCUACGGAGGGGCACUCGAGAGAGAGGCGGCCCGCCCCGCAGUGUGUCAGUCUCUCAGUCGGAGUGCGACACGAAUGGCCGCAUCCAUUGGGCCACUUCUUCCAUCGACCCGGCAAACACGACCUCUGUCUGGCACUGCUCGCACAAAUAGCCCUCCGGCCGCAGCGGCAGCGGCUCCUUUGCCUCCUUGAUGCGUUCCUUGUUGUCCUUCUGGCGACGGGCGUUGUCGGCCUUGAGGCGGGGGAGGCUGUGGUGCCAGGCAUCCUUGCGUUGGGCGUAGCACUUGUUGCAGAUGUGCAUGUGUCUGCAGGGGACGUACAUGACGGAGGCAGGGCCGUGCUCGCCGAAACAGAUGAUGCACCCGCCGGCCUGAAUGGUGCCAGCACCAUCACGACCACUGCCGGGCUGUGUUGGCUCGGGUGGCGGAGGGGCGCUCGAGCUGCUGGAUGAAGACGGCUGGUGCUGCUGGAUGCUCAUCUCGGCAAGCCUGUGUGUGUGCAUCAAUCGCAUUAUGCACGUGUGUCUGUUACGGAUGUGUGUGGGCCCGCGUACCUUCGUUCGGUCUCUGCGAGCCGCCUGGCCAGUUCAUCGUUCUUCCGCUGGAGCUCAGCCUCUCGUGACGACACUCCCACACUGCACACACACACACACACACACACAUAUAUAUAUAUAUAUAUACAUAAAGACAUGGCAAGGCAUUCCAAUCGGAUCCGUACCAUCCGUACGUCAACGCCCGUGUGUGUGGCACCCACCUAAGCUCUACACCACCAGCACCACCACCAGCAGCAGCAGCCGAGGCGCCCUGGUCGCCCUCAUGAUCAUGCGAUGGCCUGACCACACACACAUAAAGCCGAUGAAGUGACGAGCCGCCCAUCGUCGCUUUGUGUGUCGGUGGGCCUGCCUACCCUAGUGGCCCUUGGUAUGGUAUUGCUGCUGCUGCUGCUGCCACAGCUGGUGGUGGUGCAGCAGCACUGGAAUCGUCGUAGCUACUGGACGACGGACAGGCGUCAAAGGUGGACCUGACACACCACAUAACAAACAUAUGGCAGUUCAAUGGUGGCUGUGCUGCGAUGGUUGACAGCUCUUGUGUGCUACCUUGGCCCGUAGAAUGGCGACGGACGGUGCUCAUUCUGACUCAACGACGCCCCAAGUGGCCUGAGAAAAUGCAUGCAGAACAUCCACCCACCGGUGUGUGCGUGAGGUGUCCUGAUGUCGGCCUGUCUGUGCCUUACUUGGGGCACUUGACGAGUGGCGGAGGGCCCCGGUGACACGACGGACGAUGACCACUCGACGACGGCGGACACACAGCCCUGGACACUGCAUCCUUCAGAGGGCCCAGCGGCCCUGCUGCUGCGGAUGCGCCUAUGGCAUGGCCACCAGACGAGAGCGACGAAGAGGGCUGCAUGGAUGGCGGGGGCAUCAUCAUGGCGGCGGUCCUGGCCUCGUGGAGUGAUGCAAGGAUGGCCAUCUGGGUCUGCGCAUCAUGGUCCUCGUCAUUCUCACUGCACACAAACAAUAUGACACCUCGGUGCUCUGGGUAGUGAGUGUCGUUUGCCGCUCCGAAUGACCGCGGUGAGGCAGAUCCAGAUGCGGCACCUGACGAGUGAGAUGAGGGCCUGCAAACCAACAAGGGAGAGAAUGUGAUCACAUCCACUGGCCAACGGAGACUCACCUGUGUCGGUUCGGCCGACGACUGCCCUUGUUGUCGGCGUCAUCAGCAGCUGCCGCAGCCGACGGCAGCCUGCAUGACAGCCAGGAGAAGUAAGCAAGUCUGUGGUGGGCCUCGCUGUGCCGACCUCUGCAGUGUGUCUAUGUCUUCGCCGUCGGCACCAGUUUCCUCUACGUCGCUACCAGCGUCAUGCUCAACACCCUCCUCAGCCACCGACUCAACACGCCUACAAGAGCCCCCAACGACACGAUAAGAUCCAUGCACCAUAAGCGGCCCCCCACCGAUGUGUGCGUGAGGGGUCCUCAUGUCGGCCUCUCUGUGCCUUACUUGGGGCACUUGACGAGUGGCGGAGGGCCCCGGUGACACGACGGACGAUCCACACUCGACGAGGAGGGAAGCACACUGACACGAAAUGAGACAACGAAACACAUCAACACCAUUCAUUGUGCCCAGCCAUCGAUCCCCUUCUCUGUGUCUGUCUGCUUACGGCUGUUGUGACCCAUGUGCCAGAGGGGGGAAUGACUCAUCGGCACCGCUCGCCGGUCUGUGUGCAGGUGGCAGGGGCCGAGGGGGUGGGGGCGGGUGAGAGGGACUCGACGACACAAACGGUCGCCGCUUGGCCGACUCGCGCGGCUCCACAGCCGACGGCAGCGGGGUAGUGGAAGGGGCCGCCCGAGACGACAACGACAGGCAUGGUGCAGCAGCCGGGAGGCCCAGCCCCCUCCCUAUGCCCAACUUGCUGCUUGCCGAUGGACCCGGCAGGCGCUUCUCCCGCGGCGUCUGGUCGGCCGUCGACACACAGCUGGGGCGAGAGAGCAGAAGACGAUCAGCCGAGGGCUGCUCUGUCGUCUUGUGCUUGGGUGUGGGGGGAUGGAAGGGCGAGAAGGGGGAACGAGUCGACGCUUUGGUGUGGGCAGCUCUCUGGGUCCUGAUGGGGGCCGUCUUCUGCUGUUUGUGGUGGGUUGUCUGCUUCUGCCUUUCGAUGGCGCGGCUGGCGAAGGUCGACCCCACCAGCAGGGCGUCGCCGUCCUCAUCUUGAUCAUCGGCUGCCCCACUGCUGUCUGCCUGGUCGUCUUCGCCGCCCGGCGGGCAGCUGGUGGAGGUGGAGGUGGCUGUUGCGCUCGCCUGCCUCUUGCCCCCCCGCUUGCCCUUCUUCUUGCCACCCGUCUUCUCCUUAGCCGCCGCCCUCUCCUUGUUGGCCGCCUCCUCCUCUUUGAUGAGGGCCGCCAUCUUCGCGUCGGCCUCCCUCUGCUGCCACGCCAAUUCGGCCUCUGUGGGCACCUCCUUGGCGUGUCGUGUGGCCUGCCGCCUCUUGUGCCUGUCGCGGUGCUCCUUCAGUUUCUGCAGCCGCUCCUGCGCCUCGAUGAUGGCGGGGCGCGGCUCGCGAAUGGGCAGCUGCUUGGGCAGCGCCGUGCGCUCCGCCAACACCAGCUGGCGGCAACGACGCUGAUGCUCUGUAGCAGUGGGCAUGAGGGCGAUGUCAGCGCCCGACUGGAGCAGCACACGGAUGGUGGUCUUGAGGUUGGAGAUCCGGAUGGUGGCCCGGUCCCUCUCGGCCUGCUCCGUGUUGUCGUCCUGCAGCUGUUGGAUGUCGUCAUCGAGCUCUGUGGCAGCGGUGGCGAGGGGUGUGAGAGUGGGGUCAUUCGGCAGGCCUCUGUUGACGUCAGCAGCGGUGAGGCGGCGACAGAGAGAGGCAGCCAAACGGUGGGAGCCGCCGAUGGCCGCGCAGUGUAAUGGCGUCCGUCCGAAGGUGUCCACGGCCGUGAUGUCGGCCCCGUUGGCCACCAUCAAGUCGAUGUAGCUCUCGAUGAACUGCUGAGACCAGACGGGAGGUCUCACGGCCGCCACAUGGACCAGAUUGAUGCCACCCGGGUCCCGCUCGGUUGCGAGUGUGGGGUCUCGCUGGAUGAGCUGCCGGUAGAAGGACAGCAGGAUGGCCUCGCUGUCCUCAGUCGGCUGAUCCGUCGGCAGUGUGGGCGGCAGCAGCAUCACCAAGCGCCCCCGCAGCUGAAUGCCUGGAACAGACAGACAGACAGACAGACGUCCAUCAUGGUGUGUGUUCCUUGUCGUGAGUGCUGUGAAUGGGUGUGUACCUGGCUGGCCCAUCAGGAGCUCGAAUGCGGCCCGGUUGCACGAGGCGAUGGCCACUCGGAUGGGCGUAUGAUGACCCGCCCCAUUGAUGUCGGCGCCGUUGUCGAUCAGGACCUGGAUGACGGCGAGCUGAAGGCCGGGUGUCUCCCACAUGGGCAUGGCGACGGGAGUGCAACCACCAUUGACGUCGUAUGCCCAGAUGGACGGCACGCUGUUGUCCGUGAGGUUGUCAAUGCACAGCGACAGCAGGGAAUAGGCUAAAUAGGCACCCGUGGUGCCCGCCACCCGCAGCAGUGGCUCCACAUUGGGGUCGGCUCCAUUCGGCUGAAUCAGGUCCGUCACCUGCUGUGCGUCAGUGACGGUGCGGCGGAGGAUGCACUUGGACACCAUCAAGCUGGCGUCACUGGUGCCAGGAGGGACGGUGACGCCAUUCCCACAGCUCCUCCAGCCAGGUGAUCGCGGCACACCUGUGGUUGGCACAACGGGCAGAUUAUUAACGAUGAGCUCUGGAAAGGCGAUUCUGAUUUGUGUAGCGGUGGGUCUGUCGGUCGGCGUCUACCUCUGUUCAGUCGAGUCCGGCCUUGUCCGCUGCGCUGCUGCCCGCCAGCACCCCCACCGACGCCGACACCGAGACCCCCACCAACACGGCUAACACCUGCACAAGCACACACACACGAGCAGUCAUAACCGUGCUGCUUGCUAUAUCUCACAGCUCGUCGCUCACCCUCGUCAAUGCCAUCAUUGCGAUUGUCUUUGUUCUCUAUGUGCCGGCCGGCACCGGUGGUCUCCUCCUCGGCUACAUCGUCUGCAAAGGAACACACACAUUGACACACACGAUGCUGUGAGUGAUGUGGUGCAUCUGUCUGAGCUGAGUGUACCUUCAUCGCCAUCGCCACCGUCGGCCGGGCCAGCAGCGGCCAUGUCGGUGUCGGGACGACCAGACGACAUCGCUCUCACUCACUCAGACAGACAGACAGACAG